AUGGCCUGGCUCACUUCUAACCACCAAGCUGCCGAAGCCAAAGAGUAUCUCGAAACCAAUGCGGUCGAAAUCACGAAUCACUUCAGGGUUUACGUCACAGACUUUGAGAGCUUCAAAGUCUUUAUAACUAAUAAAGAAGCAUAUCUUGUGAUCAUCCUUCGUGAGAGCUGCGCGAUCACUAGUGUAAGAGACCUCAAAGAGGAUGUGGAGUUGGCUUUAACAAGCUGGGACCAUUUUCCAGGCGAAGAUGCCAACAUAACCUUGAAAGAAAUAGUUUCAUAUUUGAUAGUCAAGAAGGAUAGCGCUUCUUGGUGGGGCUACGAAUGGAUAUCGUUUCCUGAACCCUCGGUUAGGACGGGUUAUGAGUUUUUGCUAGCUUAG